CCUCCUCCGAAACCCCAAGCAGUGGGACUCACGCCCCAAGUUCGAAGAAGAAAACCAGAAGAGAGAGAGAGGUAAAAUCUAGAGAGAGAGAAAGAUGAGGUCUUCUGGUACUGUGAAGUGGUUCAGCGGGCAAAAGGGGUUCGGUUUCAUAACUCCUGACGAUGGGGGAAAGGACCUCUUCGUGCACCAGUCGUGCAUCAAGACCGAUGGCUACAGGAGCUUGGCCGAUGGUGAGGCUGUAGAGUUCGAGAUUGAGGACACAGGCGAUGGCAGACCUAGGGCAACUGAUGUUACGGGCCCUAAUGGCGCUUCACUUCAAGGAUCUCAGAGAGAUGGCGGCUAUAGUGGAGGGGGAGGUGGAAGAGGAAGAGGGGGAAGCUAUGGCUUCAACGGAGGCGGAGGAAGAGGAGGAGGCGGAGGCGGAGGAAGGGGAAGAGGCGGUGGUGGCUACGGUGGUUCUGGUUAUGGAGGCUAUGAAGGUGGUGGUGGUGGUGGUGGUGGUGGUGGUGGAGCUUGUUAUAGCUGCGGAGAAACUGGCCAUAUGGCUAGGGAUUGCUAUCAAGGAAGUGGAGGAGGUGGAGGUGGUAGAUCUGGCGGUGGUGGUGGUGGAUCUUGCUACAACUGCGGCGAACCUGGCCACUUCGCCAGAGAGUGUCCUAGCUCUCAGAAGUAAACCCUUCUUCUCUUUCCAACCUCUCUCUCUCUCACAUAUCGUCAUGGUCUCUCUUCUUCUUUAUCUUUAAUGAAUACUCUGGUUUUUCGGUGUUCAUGGUGUGAUCCACUGUGUUUUGGAACUCUUUCGUGAAACUGCAGUAGAUUUGUUAGGGUUUUGUUCGGUGUUAUGAUGGUUUUGGUCAAUGCUCUGUUUUGGAUAGAAAACAGGGGAUUUGUAAGGGAUGAGGGUUUUUGGUGAAACAUACAAAGUGAUAUCUUAUUUGGUGCUAUUUUUUGGGUGUUUUAUUAGCGCAAAUAGUUAGUCGGUUUUACCUCACUGUAACUUGGUUUCUGCAUAGUGAAUGAAAGGAGCAAUAUGUUUCUCUUUCUC